AUGACGCAAAACAACAAACAGCCAAUCGAUAGUUUCUUGCCUUCCGGCGCCAUUGAACCUCAUCCGCGCACGUUCAACAUUCACGACUCGGGCGUCUCUCCUCUGAGUGGUGUGCCACGCAGCCUUCCAGAAGCCGUCUACCAUCCUGGAUCACAUUCUAGCACCCAUUCAUCUUCCUCUCCUCACACCAUGAUGCAAUCACGAUCACCCUCACAGCACCCAAACGGGCCUCCUAUCUCGCCGCCAAAGACCAGAAGUGCAAGUGCGGAAGACACAACAGCAGCUUUAAUGGAGGACUGGAGAGCGUAUGCGCAGAAGCUCCGGACCCAAUUCGAAGGCGAGAAGGCACACAUGCUGGCGGAUAGGACGCGGAUGGACGAGUUGAUGGCGGAGGAGCGAGACGUUUGGGACCGAGAGCGGAAAUAUCUAUUUUCGAGGAUCAACGAGUUGGAAAUUCAAUUGGAAAGCGCCAAAGCAACACAGGAAACCAGCUCUCCGCAAGCAUUAUUUAGUUCCAGAGUACCAGGCUCGAGAGCUCAUAAUGCAAGUCUCACCAGUGAGGGAAGGUCGGCGACCGGAAGUACGGACAGCAAUGCGAGGUCUAUUCCACAAGAGUCGGGACGAAAUGCAGAUGGAACGCCUUUCUAUGCGCCUGCUCCCCGAAAUCCUAGUCGUACUUUCAGUUCAUCAUCUGAGAAUGCUGAGCUCAGAGUCGACGAUAUUUCUGCUCCCAGGGAGACUCCAAUUUGCGUCACAAGCAAAGUCCUAAAGCCUGUAGACUUUCUUCAAUCUCCGCCAGGUACCACAGAAUUAAGCUCUAUACCGGAAACACCGGUCGACACCAUAGAUAUUUCACAAAUACAACCCAACCUUGAAGGCAUCCACAUCAAGGCAUCUGCGGUCAACCCCUCAUUUGUUGCUCAAGUUAUCAGUCCAGGAUACACUCCCUCAACGCUAUCGCCUUCGGUAAAAGCUCCAAGCAGAAUUCCGGCACAGGUUGAUGGCAUCACUAGUCCACCAAGUAGAAAGAGUGCUAGCCCAGAGGAGAAGGCUGCUGACAAAGUGAGGAAAACCUUGCAAGUUGCUGCUGUACCAGAGCCCGCUAGAUUGACAAUCCAUGCUGGACAUACACCAAGCCAUUCAAUAACCAAGCUCAAUGAAUAUUUUGGAACUGUGGACGGCACGAUCGCCGAGCUCGACGAAGAUACCACGCCGAGACAAAAUCCAGUCGACCAUUCUCAUCGUCCUUCAACCCGUCCAGUCAUUUUACUUGGUGGCGACGAUGUUGGGGACAAUAACGACGACGAAGAACAUGAUAAACCCCUCACCGGUCCGCUGAGCCUGACGAACGAUGCAGCAGCCGACGACUCGUUCCUCCAACAACUCCAAGCAAAACUCGAAGAAGCAAAACGCAGUGAAGGCAACAGCCCCGUCAGCGAAUCCGGUAGUAGCAUCACUAGCGCAAGUAGAUCUAGCAGACCUAGCAGAUCGAUGCGUAGCGACCCGGAUGAUAAGAGUGAUGAUGGACCAGUCCUGAGAUUAAAACCUAGUCUCAAUUUCGGACGACCGAUGGGGAGGAUUUAG